AGCAUCCCUAGAGCACCCUCUGUUGUGUGAAAUACAAGAAAGGGCAAGACGGGGGGAGUAAAUCCUGGGAGGCAAUCGGAGAACGGGAAGGGGAUCUCUUGGAGGCUGCCUGCUUGGAUAGGGUUACUUUGGUGUGUGGAGUCCAUCUUCAGAGAACAUGGCUGUUUUUUCAAUGUAAACAGCGUGUGCAGUACCUGCAUUGCUAAAGGGAGAAGCAGAGGAGGAGGAGAAGGAGGAGGAGGAGGAGGAGGGGCAGACAUUGGAGGAAAUGUUGCCUCUUCCAAUGAAAUUUUCCCCUCUCUAGCUAGCCCCGGCCUGCCGCAGCUCACCUCUGAACUCAUGCAUGUUAUAUGUUAAGAUCACAUGGCCAAAACAUGAUCAAUGCCUCAGCAGACCCCAGACCAGAGGGAAGACACCUGUGUCAACUAUGAGACACACUAGAAACUAAGACACAUAGCAGCAUCUUUACAAAGAUUCAAAAUACAGUUACGCCUGACCAUGGCUGUAACUGCAGCGAAGACAACUGCAAGUUUUCUCUCCACAACUGCCACAACCACCACAAUCCCCUUCCUCCCGACGGGCACCGACGCAAGAGACAAUGUCACCUCGAGGACAACAUUAAUGACUGUUACUAUAACGACAAACGAGACCAGCUUCAAUGCCACCACGUUUCCAGAGGUGAUGAUGGAGGGCUCGGGAAUGGGAAUGGUGCUCGUACCCUUUGGCAUCAUCACUGUCAUUGGCUUGGCAGUGGCAAUAAUGCUGUAUAUUCGGAAACGGAAGCGGUUGGAGAAGCUGAGGCACCAGCUCAUGCCUAUGUAUAACUUUGACCCGGCCGAAGAACAAGAUGACCUGCUGGAACAGGAACUACUGGACCACGGUCGGGAUGGCACCCUCACAGGUCCCAAUGCCAAGACUCUCACAACCUCCCAGGGGACCACGCAGAGGCCCAGUCGUCUGGUCUUCACAGAUGUAGCCAAAGCUCUCAAUGCUUAACAGCGCUCUUCCAUUAGUUGAUUUCAGUUUGUGGGGGGCCACUGCCUCCAUUAAGAUACAGUAUGUCGCUCAGGAAGGAACACAAAGAGAAAAAAAAGGACUGUUUUUGGGAACAACUGGAGCUUUGGUUAUUAUUUUCAUUAUUACGACAUAGUAUGUGAAAUGACAGUGGUUUUCAAAUUAUGAAAAAAGAGUUGGGGUGCAUGUAUGAUAAGGGAAAAUAACGGGAAGCAUUAUGUAUGAUCUUGCACUGUUAUCAUUUGUCGCACAAAUACAGUGUGAUGCACUUUUCUUAAAAUCAUGUUCUGUCAUUGCUGUUUAAACGUCUGAUAAUUUGUCAGUGAAGUUUCUUGAGAGCUUCAUUAUCUACUUUCAUGUUUGAUAAGAGAGAAGUGUAAAUUUGUGUUAUACUACUUGUGUGAUCUUACGUCUCCGACCAGCGUGAACACUGGAUGUAUUACCAUCCUUAGGUGAACUUUCCCCCUCCAUCUUGUUUCUUCUUUAUUGAGCAAUGAAGGAUUGUUUCUGUCUGUAUACAUUAAAACUAUUUAAACCAAUUUGGAAAAAAAAGUGGUGUUUUGUUGUACAAAUCUGCAGAAGAGAGUUGAUAGGUGUGAUAUUUUAUUGAUAAGCGAUAAAGAAGCAGAAUAACACAAAUCACAUGGUAAAGAAUCAUAACAAAAUAUAUAUCACAGGUUGGUGAGUUGUAUUAAUGAAGUGGAUGAGGACACAUCAAUAACAUAACUACAAAAUGGUGUUAAGGCAUAAAAGAUGAUUCUCAAGUUACACUUCAACUUUUCAAUAGUUGAAAAUGGAUCAAGUACUGCAUGUAACUACAUCACUAUCAGUAAGAUCACAGAACAACGUCGUCCCCAUAUAGAGAGUAAAUAUCCAGACACAGCUCAUGUAAAAGAACAAACAUUGACUCAGAUGUAGUUAAAUUAGGAGGCACCCUUCAGGCUGACUACCAUUCACUAUGGUGAUAUGGAUGUAGUGAGAUGAGAUGAGUGGACUACAACAGUACUAGUUUGACAGUUAUUUCAAGAUUUCUUAAGGAACGUGACCCCUGCAAGCCUUCUACAUUACACGGGCCAGAUCCAGAUCGCCUGCAGGUCUGAGGAGGUUAGGUACAACGAACCAAACAUUUCCUCAGAGGUGACCCAGGCUUGUUUGUUUUCAGAGGUAGUCCAGAGGGCAAAAAAAAACGUAAAGUCAAUGCAGUUAAACAAGAAAACAUACCUUCCUGUGAAUGAAUUAAGAUCUUCUGGCAGCAAUUUAGUCAACAAUGCUGAUAUACAUGAAAGUAUUGAGACACAGCAUAUCAUCCGUGAUAUAUAUUUAAGUCAUAAGUGAUGUGUAGUUCAUGUUGGAUAACUUCAUGCCUAUCACGCAUGAUGAUGACAGUGGGACCGAAUCUUUGAAGCAUUUGCAAUAAAAGCUUGAGGUCGUUGGUCAGUUUAAAGUCCUCCUCCACUCAAAAAUAUGUUUUUCUUCUUGUUCCUAUAGUUGGAUGUUUGAAC